ACAGUUCCUCCUCCUCCCCCACCACCACUUCCAGGCACUAUUGCAAUUCAAUCCAUUCCUCCUCCCCCUCCACCACCACUACCAGGCACUAUUGCAAUUCAAUCUAUUCCUCCUCCCCCUCCUCCUCCCCCUCCACUACCACCAACGGCUAAUAUAGCAUCUCCUCCUCCACCACCCCCACCACCACCUCCAUUUGGUGUCUCACAAAAUUCCUCACCAUUUUCAUGUUUUGUUCAGACUCAACCACCCACAUCAUCAUUACCAGGUUUUCUACAACCUCCUCUGCCAGCUGGAUUUUUAGCAAUGGGACUGAGUCAUGAAAAAGGAACCAGAAAAACUGCUAUUGAGCCAACAAAGCCAAUGAAACCCCUUUACUGGACAAGAAUUGAAUUACAUGCAAAAAGAGAUAUUACCAGCCCUCUGGUAUGGGAGUCUGUUAGCGAACCUAAGGUAGAUGUUCAUGAGCUGGAAAGUCUGUUUUCAAAAACUGCCAUCAAAGAAAAAAAGAAACCCAUUUCUGAUACAAUAACCAAGACAAAGUCUAAGCAAGUUGUUAAGCUCUUAAACAAUAAAAGGUCACAAGCUGUGGGAAUAUUGAUGUCUAGUCUUCAUUUAGACAUGAAGGAUAUUCAGAAUGCCAUUUUAAAAAUGGACUAUUCAGUUGUUGAUUUGGAAACUCUUCAAGCUUUGUUUGAAAAUAGAGCUGUAUCAGAAGAACAGGAGAAGAUUGAAAAACACAUCAAAGCUUCAAAAAACAAGGAACAUUCAAAACCCUUGGACAAACCUGAGCAGUUCCUCUAUGAAUUGACAACUAUACCAAAUUUUUCAGAGCGAGUAUUUUGCAUUUUGUUGCAGUCAACAAUAUCAGAAAACAUUAGCGCCAUUCAUCGAAAACUUGAAUUGUUGCAGAAAGUUUGUAAGAUUUUAAAAGAAGAUCCUGCAGUGCUGCGUGUUUUAGGAUUGAUUCUUGCAAUUGGUAACUACAUGAAUGGAGGAAACAGGACCAGGGGACAAGCUGAUGGAUUUGCAUUAGAUAUUUUGCCAAAACUGAAAGAUGUCAAAAGCAACGAUAACAGCCGAAACCUGCUUUCAUAUAUUGUUUCAUACUACUUACGCCAUUUUGAUGAUAAUGCGGGUAAAGAAGAAUGUCUUUUUAUACUGCCAGAACCUCAAGAUCUUUUUCAAGCUUCCCAGAUGAAGUUUGAAGACUUUGUAAAAGAUCUUCGAAAAAUUAAAAAAGACUUGAACGCAUGUAAGACCGAAGCAGCAAAGGUCUACCAGAAAUCUUUGGCGGAAUAUUUACAGCCUUUCAAAGACAACAUAGAAGAGUUUCUGAGCAAAGCCAACGUUGACCAUGAAAACACAGAACAUUUUCUUUCUGAAGUUCAUUUAAGGUUUUUGGAAACUGUAGUCUAUUUUUUUGUGAAGCCAAAACUUGGGGAAAAAGAGGUGUCGCCAAAUGCGUUCUUCAGCAUCUGGCACGAAUUUAGCACAGACUUUAAAGAUUUAUGGAAGAAAGAAAAUAAGCUAAUUUUACAAGAAAGGUUGAAGGAAGCUGAACAGGUAUAUAAGCAAAAAAAGGAAAAGUCAUCAAUCACUGUAAAGCCAAAGCAUGAAUCUGGAAUUAAAGCAAAGCUGAGCCUACGCACGUGAUCUUGCCACAAAAAAAGCAUACACACGUGGAACUGGAAGGAAGAUGAAUGUUGAGUUAUAUAUUUUUUAGUA